GACGUCCCAGAAUGUCGAGCCCGGGAGCCUGGGCCCCUUUUCGAACUCCUGGCGGGCAUUGCGAGCGACGCCGGGCAUGAACCACGUCGCAUCGAGGAUCCGCGGCUUCUUCUCGCCCGCGAGCAGCGAGGAGAGAGAGGCUGGCGAAAGGACCAGUGGCGGAGCUGCGGUCGAUGGCAUGGUUGCGAUACCUCUUCUCGCAGCGGCAGUCGAUGAAAAGGUGCUCAGACCCCUCCUCGCAGUGGCCGGACCUAGUCUACCGAGCAUGAUGAAAGUCAGAAGGAUCCCCGUGCUCCGAGUCCCGGCAACUCCGUCGUCGACCGUUGGUGCAAGUGGAGCACUCGCAAAACAUUCCACGUGUUUUUGUGAUUUCUGGGUUUUAGUGACGGCUCAUUCUCGCUCGUCCUGGGAAGCUAGCGACUAAAGUGGAGAGAAAGAGCAUCACGACCAUGUCAUCGACGAUGCCAUCCAAGAAUCCCGUCGUGCUGGUGACGGGCGCCUCCAAAGGCUUGGGCCUCGAAGUAGCUCGUCUGCUCUUGGAAGGCAAUGCCCGCAUUCCCGCUGCCAACGUCGUGACGCUCUCCAGGACGCUGCCCGACGAGCUCCGACGACUUGGGCAGCAGGGUGGAGGACGUGAAACCAGCAUCGAGUCUGUGCAAGGAGACGUGACGAGCGAGAGCGACAACGAGAAGGCUGUCGGACUCGCAAUUUCCAAAUGGGGUAGGCUCGAUGGCGUGGUGUUGAAUGCCGGUAUCAUCGACUUUGUCCGCAUCGCAGACAAGUCGCCAAAGGACUUCAUGCAGGAGCUGAAUGUGAACCUCGUCUCGCUCGUGACGACGCUGCAUUAUGCUCUACCUCACCUGCGCAAGUCACCUACAGGCUGCGGCAGGGUCGUCUUCACGUCCAGCGGCGCUUCGACUGGAAACUACGCUGGCUGGUCGGCCUACAAUGCCAGCAAGGCCGGCGCAAAUGCGCUCAUGAGGACGCUGGCAAAUGAGGAAAAAUCCAUUGCGGCUUGGAGUGUUCGGCCUGGUGUUGUGGCCACCGAGAUGCAAGCGCUGCUGAGGAACUCGGGCAAGGAGUCAAUGGACGAGGCCGCUUAUAACAAGUUUAUCACUCUACACAAGGAGGGCAAAUUAGUCGAUCCAGUUGAGCCGGCUCAUGUCCUGGCCGCUCUGGCUGUGAGGGGCACCCGAUCAGAGCCAAAUGCGGCCGGCGGCGGCGAAGGCCUCGGAGCCGAGGGCGCAUAUGUCAAUUGGGAGGACCCAGCGCUAGAAGCUUACCGAAAACAAAAGUAAACCAGUUUGGCGGAGUCAAAGUUAGAGCUGCCACAUACCAAGCUCGUUGUACACAGCUGCUCAGAGAGGUAGCAAAAUUGUCAAGUGCCUCAUCUCAUAACUGGACGUGACCCGUCGCGAUCGAUCGUGGAGAUGUCUCCUCUCUCAGUCUAGCUCGUUAUGCCCUCCUCCCACAAGUAAGUGACAAGUGAGAAGAAUAAAAUCCG